CUGGGCGGGCUCCGGCUAACGGGGCAGCGGCGCCCAUAAUAAUCCCUCAUUAUAGCGGAGCGGCUACCGGGACGGUCUCUGCGCCCCGGACCGGCUCCCUGCGGCCCCGCCGGGCGCUGCUGCGGUGGAGGCUGGGCUGGGCUCGGCCGGGGGCAGGUGCCGGAGGGCGCUGGGGGUAGAUGGCGAGUGAGAAGCCGGUGUCAGGGCCGGACCCGCAGCCCGCGGGGCUCAUCCCUGUCGGGGCCGGAGGAGGCGGUGGCGGCAGCGCCGCGGUGAUGGGGGAGCUGCGAGCGUCGGGCUCCGGGUCCGUGGUGCUCCCCGCGGGGAUGAUUAACCCGUCGGUGCCGAUCCGCAACAUCCGCAUGAAAUUCGCCGUCCUCAUCGGACUCAUCCAGGUCGGCGAGGUCAGCAACCGGGACAUUGUGGAGACUGUGCUCAACCUGCUGGUUGGUGGAGAGUUUGAUCUAGAGAUGAACUUUAUAAUCCAGGAUGCAGAGAGCAUAACGUGUAUGUCGGAGCUUUUAGAACACUGUGAUGUAACAUGCCAAGCAGAAAUCUGGAGUAUGUUCACAGCCAUUCUACGUAAAAGUGUCCGUAAUUUACAGACCAGCACGGAAGUUGGCUUAAUUGAACAGGUACUGCUGAAGAUGAGUACAGUGGACGACAUGAUUGCAGAUCUUCUAGUUGAUAUGUUGGGGGUUCUUGCCAGCUACAGCAUCACUGUCAAGGAAUUGAAGCUUUUGUUCAGCAUGCUUCGAGGCGAAAAUGGAAUCUGGCCAAGACAUGCAGUUAAACUAUUGUCAGUCCUUAAUCAGAUGCCACAGAGACAUGGUCCUGAUACCUUUUUCAACUUUCCGGGAUGUAGUGCUGCCGCAAUUGCGUUACCUCCUAUUGCUAAGUGGCCUUACCAAAAUGGGUUUACUCUCAACACCUGGUUUCGUAUGGAUCCAUUAAACAAUAUUAAUGUAGAUAAGGAUAAGCCCUAUCUCUAUUGUUUUCGCACUAGCAAAGGAGUUGGGUACUCUGCUCAUUUCGUUGGCAACUGCUUAAUAGUUACAUCGUUGAAAUCAAAAGGAAAAGGUUUUCAGCAUUGUGUGAAGUAUGAUUUUCAGCCACGCAAGUGGUACAUGAUCAGCAUUGUGCACAUCUACAAUCGUUGGAGAAACAGUGAAAUUCGGUGUUACGUUAAUGGUCAACUGGUAUCCUACGGUGAUAUGGCUUGGCAUGUUAACACAAACGAUAGCUAUGAUAAAUGUUUUCUUGGCUCUUCAGAGACAGCUGAUGCAAAUAGAGUGUUUUGUGGUCAACUUGGAGCAGUAUAUGUGUUCACUGAAGCACUCAAUCCAGCACAGAUAUUUGCAAUACAUCAGUUAGGACCUGGAUAUAAGAGUACUUUCAAAUUUAAAUCUGAGAGUGAUAUUCAUCUGGCUGAGCACCACAAACAAGUUCUAUAUGAUGGGAAACUUGCAAGUAGUAUUGCCUUUACUUACAAUGCUAAGGCUACUGAUGCUCAACUAUGCCUUGAAUCCUCGCCAAAGGAAAACCCUUCAAUUUUUGUACACUCUCCACAUGCUCUUAUGCUUCAGGAUGUGAAAGCUAUAGUAACGCACUCAAUUCACAGUGCAAUUCAUUCGAUUGGAGGGAUUCAGGUUCUUUUUCCUCUCUUUGCCCAAUUAGACAAUCGACAACUAAAUGACAGUCAAAUGGAAACAACUGUCUGUGCCACCCUUUUGGCUUUUCUGGUUGAACUUCUUAAGAGUUCAGUAGCCAUGCAAGAACAAAUGCUGGGUGGAAAAGGCUUUUUAGUCAUUGGCUACCUCCUUGAAAAGUCAUCUAGAGUUCAUAUAACCAGGGCAGUUCUGGAGCAAUUUUUGUCUUUUGCAAAAUAUCUGGAUGGAUUGUCACAUGGAGCACCUUUACUGAAGCAAUUGUGUGAUCACAUCCUUUUUAAUCCUGCUAUUUGGAUACAUACCCCUGCAAAGGUGCAGCUUUCACUAUAUACCUAUUUGUCUGCUGAAUUUAUUGGCACUGCUACUAUCUACACCACCAUACGCAGAGUAGGAACAGUAUUACAGCUAAUGCACACACUGAAAUACUACUACUGGGUAGUUAAUCCUGCUGAUAGCAGUGGCAUUGCUCCUAAGGGACUAGAGGGUCCUCGACCAUCACAGAAAGAAAUCAUAUCACUACGAGCAUUUAUGCUUCUGUUUUUGAAACAGCUUAUACUGAAGGAUAGAGGAGUCAAGGAAGAUGAGCUGCAGAGUAUAUUAAAUUACUUAUUAACAAUGCAUGAGGAUGAAAAUAUUCAUGAUGUGCUGCAGUUGCUAGUGGCUCUAAUGUCAGAACAUCCAGCAUCUAUGAUACCUGCAUUUGAUCAAAGAAACGGGAUACGAGUCAUUUAUAAGUUACUGGCUUCCAAAAGUGAAAGUAUCUGGGUGCAGGCUCUGAAGGUACUGGGAUAUUUUCUCAAACACCUGGGUCACAAACGAAAGGUUGAAAUCAUGCAUACCCAUAGUCUUUUCACUCUUCUCGGAGAGAGGUUGAUGCUGCAUACAAAUACUGUGACUGUUACAACAUAUAACACACUUUAUGAGAUUUUGACAGAACAAGUAUGCACUCAAGUUGUUCAUAAACCACAUCCAGAGCCAGAUUCUACAGUGAAAAUUCAGAAUCCAAUGAUUCUUAAAGUGGUGGCAACAUUGUUAAAAAAUUCCACACCAAGUGCAGAGCUGAUGGAAGUUCGACGUUUGUUUUUAUCUGAUAUGAUAAAACUUUUCAGUAAUAGUCGUGAAAACAGAAGAUGUUUACUUCAGUGUUCGGUGUGGCAGGACUGGAUGUUUUCUCUGGGAUAUAUUAAUCCUAAGAACUCCGAAGAACAGAAAAUCACAGAGAUGGUGUACAACAUCUUCCGUAUUCUCUUGUAUCAUGCAAUAAAAUAUGAAUGGGGAGGCUGGAGGGUCUGGGUGGAUACUCUUUCUAUAGCACAUUCCAAGGUCACCUAUGAAGCUCACAAGGAGUAUCUAGCAAAAAUGUAUGAAGAAUAUCAAAGGCAAGAGGAAGAGAACAUAAAAAAGGGGAAAAAGGGGAAUGUGAGCACUAUCUCAGGCCUUUCAUCUCAGACAACAGGAGCAAAAGGUGGACUGGAAAUUCGAGAGAUAGAAGACCUUUCACAAAGCCAAAGCCCAGAAAGUGAAACAGAUUACCCUGUCAGCACAGAUACCAGGGACUUGCUCAUGGCUACAAAGGUGUCAGAUGAUGUGCUUGGAAGUUCAGAUAGACCAGGAGGGGGUGUACAUGUUGAGGUUCAUGAUCUGUUAGUUGAUAUAAAAGCUGAAAAGGUAGAAGCCACAGAAGUAAAGCUUGAUGAUAUGGAUUUAUCACCAGAGACUCUGGUAACUGGAGAGAAUGGUGCCCUCGUGGAAGUUGAAUCCCUUUUAGAUAAUGUAUAUAGUGCUGCUGUUGAGAAACUCCAAAACAAUGUCCAUGGUAGUGUUGGUAUCAUUAAGAAAAGUGAAGAGAAGGAUAAUGGGCCUUUGAUAACACUGGCUGAUGAGAAAGAUGAGCCUUCUACUAACAAUACCUCAUUUCUUUUUGAUAAAAUACCCAACCAAGAAGAGAAACUUCUACCUGAACUUUCCAGUAAUCACAUUACUAUUCCAAAUGUACAAGAGACUCAAAUGCAUCUUGGUGUGAGUGGUGAUCUUGGAUUGCUUGCUCACAUGACUGGUAGUGUAGAUAUAACAUGUACUUCAAGUAUAAUAGAGGAUAAGGAGUUCAAGAUUCAUACAACUUCAGAUGGAAUGAGCAACCUUUCUGAAAGGGAGUUAGCGUCAUCAUCCAAAGGAUUAGAAUAUGCUGAGAUGACUGCUACAACCCUGGAGACAGAGUCUUCUGGUAGCAAAAGUCUACCUAAUGUUGAUGCAGGAAGUAUAAUAUCAGAUACAGAAAGAUCUGAUGAUGGUAAAGAAGCAGGGAAGGAGAUAAGGAAGAUCCAGACAACUACUACAACCCAAGCUGUGCAAGGUCGGUCUGUUACCCAGCAAGACAGAGACUUGCGAGUUGACUUGGGAUUUAGAGGAAUGCCAAUGACAGAAGAACAACGACGCCAGUUUAGUCCAGGUCCACGCACAACUAUGUUUCGUAUUCCAGAGUUUAAAUGGUCUCCAAUGCACCAGAGGCUGCUGACAGAUUUGCUGUUUGCAUUAGAAACAGAUGUACAUGUUUGGAGAAGUCAUUCUACAAAAUCUGUAAUGGACUUUGUCAAUAGCAAUGAAAACAUUAUUUUUGUACACAACACGAUCCACCUCAUUUCCCAGAUGGUAGACAAUAUUAUCAUUGCUUGUGGAGGGAUUUUACCAUUGUUGUCUGCAGCCACAUCUCCAACUGGUUCUAAGACUGAAUUGGAAAAUAUUGAAGUGACACAAGGAAUGUCAGCAGAGACAGCAGUGACUUUCCUGAGCCGUCUAAUGGCUAUGGUUGAUGUACUGGUAUUUGCCAGUUCUCUAAACUUCAGUGAGAUUGAAGCUGAAAAAAACAUGUCUUCUGGAGGCUUAAUGCGACAGUGCCUAAGGCUGGUUUGUUGUGUUGCUGUGAGAAACUGUUUAGAAUGUCGACAAAGACAGAGAGAGAGGGUGAACAAAUCUUCACUAAUCAGCAGUAAAACUCAGGAGACUCUUCAGGGUAUCACUGCAACAGCAAUGACAAAGACACCAUUGGAAAAUGCUCCUGGUAACCUUUCCCCAAUAAAGGAUCCUGAUAGACUUCUUCAGGAUGUUGACAUUAAUCGUCUGCGAGCAGUUGUUUUUCGUGAUGUGGAUGAUAGCAAACAGGCUCAAUUUUUGGCUUUGGCAGUAGUUUACUUUAUUUCUGUGCUGAUGGUCUCCAAGUACCGUGAUAUACUAGAACCUCAACGGGAGACUGCAAGAUGUGGGAGCCAGGCAGGUAGAAAUAUCAGACAAGAAAUAAAUUCACCGACAAGUACAGUUGUGGUCAUACCAUCUAUCCCUCACCCAAGUUUGAACCAUGGAUUCCUUGCCAAGUUAAUUCCUGAGCAGAGCUUUGCCCACUCAUUUUACAAAGAGACUCCUGCUGUAUUUCCAGAGAAUAUCAAGGAAAAAGAAACACCAACACCAGUUGAAGAUAUUCAGCUGGAAAGCUCCAUUCCUCAUACAGAUUCUGGUAUUGGAGAGGAGCAGAUGCCCAGCAUCUUAAAUGGGACAGACUUAGAGACAAGCACAGGCCCUGAUGCUAUGAGUGAAUUAUUGUCUACUUUGUCUUCUGAGGUAAAGAAAUCUCAGGAAAGCUUAACAGAAAGUCCCAGUGAAAUCUUGAAGCCUGCACCUUCCAUAUCCAGCAUCAGCCAAAGCAAAGGCAUGAAUGUCAAGGAGAUACUAAAAAGCCUUGUGGCAGCCCCUAUUGAAAUUGCAGAGUGUGGUCCUGAUCCUAUUCCUUACCCAGAUCCUGCGUUGAAGAGGGAAGCUCAGUCAAUUCUUCCCAUGCAGUUUCACUCCUUCGACAGGAGUGUUGUUGUACCUGUAAAGAAACCGCCUCCAGGUAGUCUAGCUGUUACCACAGUUGGAGCUGCCACUGCUGGAGGUGUUCUGCCACCGGGUACUACACCAAACAUAUUUGCUGCUACAGGAGCUACACCAAAAAGUAUGAUUAAUACAACAGGUGCAGUGGAUUCAGGAUCUUCCUCUUCCUCUUCAUCCUCUAGCUUUGUGAAUGGUGCUACCAGUAAAAACCUUCCAGCUGUACAAACUGUUGCUCCAAUGCCAGAGGAUUCAGCUGAAAAUAUGAGCAUCACUGCAAAGCUUGAAAGAGCUUUAGAAAAAGUGGCCCCACUCCUGCGUGAAAUUUUUGUAGAUUUCGCCCCUUUCUUGUCCCGUACGCUGUUGGGCAGUCAUGGACAAGAACUGCUGAUUGAAGGCCUUGUUUGCAUGAAGUCGAGUACUUCUGUGGUUGAACUUGUUAUGCUGCUCUGUUCACAGGAAUGGCAGAAUUCUAUCCAGAAGAAUGCAGGACUGGCGUUUAUUGAGCUCAUCAAUGAAGGAAGAUUAUUAUGUCAUGCAAUGAAAGACCACAUAGUGCGUGUUGCAAAUGAGGCAGAGUUUAUUUUGAACCGACAAAGAGCUGAAGAUGUACACAAACAUGCCGAAUUUGAGUCACAGUGUGCUCAAUAUGCUGCUGAUAGAAGAGAGGAGGAAAAGAUGUGUGACCACCUUAUAAGUGCUGCUAAACAUCGCGAUCAUGUUACAGCCAAUCAGCUGAAACAGAAGAUACUGAAUAUCCUAACAAACAAACAUGGUGCUUGGGGAGCAGUCUCUCACAGCCAACUGCAUGACUUCUGGCGCUUGGAUUAUUGGGAGGAUGAUCUGCGCCGGCGAAGGCGAUUUGUUCGCAAUGCUUUCGGAUCCACUCAUUCUGAUGCCCUCCUCAAAGCUGCUGUGGAAUAUGGCACUGAAGAAGAUGUGGUAAAAUCAAAGAAAACUUUCCGAAGUCAGACUGUGGUGAAUCAAAAUGCAGAAACGGAGCUCAUGCUGGAAGGGGACGAUGAUGCUGUCAGUCUGCUCCAAGAGAAAGAGAUUGACAACCUUGCAGGCCCGGUGGUUCUCAGCACGCCGGCACAGCUCAUCGCCCCUGUGGUAGUGGCCAAAGGGACCCUCUCCAUCACCACCACGGAAAUCUACUUCGAGGUGGAUGAGGAUGAUCCGGCCUUCAAGAAGAUUGACCCCAAAGUUCUUGCCUACACAGAAGGCCUUCAUGGAAAAUGGAUGUUCAGUGAGAUUCGAGCUGUUUUUUCAAGACGUUAUCUUCUCCAGAACACUGCUUUGGAAGUGUUUAUGGCGAAUAGAACCUCGGUUAUGUUUAAUUUUCCUGACCAAGCAACAGUAAAAAAAGUUGUGUACAGCUUACCUCGUGUUGGAGUGGGGACCAGCUAUGGUUUGCCGCAAGCAAGGAGAAUAUCUCUGGCCACUCCCAGACAGCUUUAUAAGUCCUCCAACAUGACUCAGCGCUGGCAGCGACGGGAGAUUUCUAACUUUGAAUACUUGAUGUUCCUCAAUACUAUAGCUGGACGAACAUACAAUGAUCUAAACCAAUACCCUGUAUUUCCAUGGGUGUUAACAAACUAUGAAUCAGAAGAGUUGGACCUGACCUUACCAGGCAACUUCAGGGAUCUUUCAAAGCCCAUUGGUGCUUUGAACCCAAAGAGAGCAGUGUUCUAUGCCGAGCGCUACGAGACUUGGGAAGAUGAUCAGACUCCACCUUAUCACUACAACACCCAUUAUUCAACAUCUACUUCUACACUGUCCUGGCUUGUUCGAAUUGAGCCCUUCACAACAUUCUUUCUUAAUGCAAAUGAUGCAAAAUUUGACCAUCCAGAUCGAACCUUCUCUUCAGUGGCAAGAUCUUGGAGAAACAGCCAAAGAGAUACCUCAGAUGUGAAGGAGUUAAUUCCAGAGUUUUACUACCUACCAGAGAUGUUUGUCAACAGUAAUGGAUAUAAUCUAGGUGUCAGAGAGGAUGAAGUUGUUGUAAAUGAUGUUGAGCUUCCCCCUUGGGCAAAGAAGCCUGAAGACUUUGUCCGGAUCAACAGGAUGGCGCUGGAAAGGAGUUUGUAUCAUGCCAACUUCAUCAGUGGAUUGACCUUAUAUUUGGCUACAAGCACGAGGACCAAAGCAGUGCGUGGCACUCAAUGUUUUCCACUACCUAACGUAUGAAGGCUCUGUGAAUCUGGACAGUAUCACUGAUCCUGUCCUCAGGGAGGCCAUGGAGGCACAGAUACAGAACUUUGGACAGACGCCAUCUCAGUUGCUUAUUGAGCCACAUCCGCCUCGGAGCUCUGCCAUGCACCUG